UUUAGUUUGAUAUUCAAUUUUAUCAUUAAGAUAUCUAUUUCAUUUAUUAAUUAAACGAGUUUUUCCUCUUAUUCUUAUUAUUAUCGAUAAAAAUGUUUCACGUUCUCUCUGUUAAAUGCAUCUCACUCGAUAUCACUAUAUAUAUUUUAAAAAGAUUUUACGAAACAACAAUGUUAAUUUACAAUUUUUGUACGUCCACGUUUCCUCGUCUAAUAUUUUAUAAAAUAGUUAUUAAUGAUUAUUCAUUUAUGUUUUUUUUUUUUUUUUUUUUUUUUUUUNUUGUUCCAAACAACGCUCAUGAACGAACAAUGCGAAAAAUUUAUACACUUUUCCUCGAUACGAGGAAAAUUUCUUUUUUUUUUUCCCCCCUUUUUUCUCUUCUCUUUUUUUUUUUUUUUCUUAUAAAUUGUAAAUUAUAAUUAAUUAAUUAGAACAAAAGACAAACAAAGAAUAUAUAUUAAAAUUAGAUUUAGAAACGGAUUGAUGAAUUAGACAAAUAUUUGCUCCCGUGUGAACGGUACGAAUUAUUUUAAUCGAGAAAUCGAUGGAUCGAUGAUAAUCUAAUAACACGUUAAAAGAUGCGUUUAAUUUACUGGUCGAAAAGUAGAUGUGAUCGAUUCGAUCUGCGAAGCCCUAUUCCUUUGCAAGAAACGUGUUGGCAACGCAUGAGUGAGUGGUAAGUACGGAGGGUGCUCAGGAAAACCGAUAUCAGCUCUCUCUACACUCGACUCACGCCGUUUUCUUUACAUUAUCCUAUGCCAAAUUAUUAACGUUCCGAUCGUAAAGUAUAUGGUGAUAUUAUUUAUAAAUAAAUAUAUAUAUAUAUAUAUUAUAUAUAUUAUACAAAUGAUUUGUCAGAAUUCGUAUUGGGUAUAAAUAUAUCGGAAAAAAAAAAAAAAUAUAUAUAUAUAUUUUAAGUUUAAAUUCUGUUAAGUUUGUUGCAAUAAAUACCAAAUCCUUUACGAACGGAUCGGAAAUUUGACUUAAUUCAUCGGAAACUUCCUGUUUCCUCUCUUCAAUCUUUUCCAUUUGAUUGAUCCUUUAUUUUCUCUUUUAUCGUUUUAUUAUUUCUUCAGGGUGUCUAUUGAUAGGAAAACGAAAUCUGUAAAGAGAAAAAAAAAAAAAAAGAAAAGAAAAGAAAAGAAAAGAAAAGAAAAAGGAAAAAAAAAAAAGAGAAAAGAAAAGAUUCAACUCGUAAAAAACAUAUCGCGAUCACAUUACACAACGAUAACCUGCGAUAAAUUAUGAAACGAGAAAAGAAGAAAAAAAAAAGAAAUGUUAUUAUAUUAUGAGAUUAGUGUUUCGUAGGUGGGAGGGAGUGAUCGAAUCAUUAUUUAUCAAGAUUUUAAUCUCGAUAAAAUGGGAAUAAUAUAAUCGCAAAAGCUUGAACUUUUCAUACGUUUCAUGCUUUCAGAGUAACGGAAAUCGGCACGUAAACGUAUUGCGAAAGUGUGGCGAAGACGGUGCAAGAGGAGGCUGCAAACUUAAGCCAUGAGAUAUUGUCCGCUUUACUUAUCAACGUGGGAGUGGUUAACCGUUAGAUAGAAUCAGGAAAUGAAAAUGCGAGUCGGAUCGACUCUCCACCUUUUCAAUAUCUUGCUUCAAAUCCAUCUCUGGACCACGAUCGUCGCUGGCGACGAGGAUAAACUUCGCGUGAUCUUCCAGUGGAAACAGCUCGAUUACGAAUGGCCGAACAACGAAACCAAACUUCUCUUCCCAGGAUACAAACAGGAGGACAACCUUCCCCUUGGCCUCGAGAUUACGAGCACCAGGAUAUUUGUCACUGUGCCGAGAUGGAGGCGCGGUGUCGUUGCCAGUUUGAAUUAUUUUUACGUAAAUGAUACACGGGAAUCUCCUACUUUGAUACCUUAUCCUUCUUUCGAGGCGCAUCAAUACGAAGGUGGAAGCGUGCCGGAGAUCAUUUCGCCGUUUCGAAUCCGAGUGGAUCGAUGCGAAAGAUUGUGGGUGCUCGAUACAGGAUUUACAGAUAUUUUGCAAAAUCCGGAACAAGAGGCGCCGCCCGCGUUGCUCGUCUACGAUUUAAAAAACGAUCGAUUGCUACGAAAAUUCGUUAUUCCCGAGGAUCAAAAAACGCACGAUUCUCUUUUCGCGAAUAUCGCGCUCGAAGAUUACUCCUGCGAGGAUACCUUCGCUUAUCUGGGCGAUCUGGGUGGUCCCGGACUGGUGGUCUACUCGUGGAAGUCGAGAAAAUCAUGGCUCGUCAAGCAUCGCUUCUUUCAACCCGAUCCGCAAAGCGAGGAAUUCAACGUGUCGGGAAUUUCGUUCCAAUGGACCGACGGUUUGUUCGGUAUGAGCAUCGCGCCAUCUAACGAUGGAUACAGCGUGAUGUAUUUCCAUCCACUUUCCAGCACCAUGGAAUAUUCGGUUAGUACCAAGAUAUUGAGAGAUCCUGAACGCGCCAAUUCUCCAGACAACUUCAAAGAAUUUCGAACUCUCGGGUCUCGGGGACACAAUGGUCAGAGUAGCGUUAGCUUUUUGGACCCGAACACCGGAGUUCUUUUCUACGCGUUAACCAAUUUAAAUGCUAUCGCGUGUUGGAAACCUCGAAACACGUUCACGCUUCAGCAACAAGGUCUUAUUUAUCAAAACGGCAUCACGAUGGUUUUUCCUAACGAUUUAAAGAUCGAUCAAAAUGGGAAUAUUUGGGUACUCUCGGAUCGUUUGCCUACCUUCAUGUAUGCACGUUUGGAUCCCGAAGAUUAUAAUUUUAGAAUUCUUAUGGGAUCUGCCAAAGAAGCUAUAAGAGAUACUGUUUGCUCCACGAAUCCAUCGGAAAAUAGUCCGACGACUACCGUUCCUCCGGAAAUGUUUGAAAAUUCUAGUUGCACGAACGAAACUCGAUCGAUUCUCGUAUUUGCAAUUGCCUUAAUUGUUCUUCUCACGAGAACGUCUGUUUGAAAAGUUUUACUUAAUUUAAAUCCUUUCAAUCACGACUGAAUGUAUUUGUAUUCCAUAUACUUUUCAAGAUUAUUUCCAAGUUUAAUUUUACGAGAAAUUUUCCGUAAAAUGUAAAUAUUCUAUUUCUAUUGUUUAUGAUCUUAUUAGAUUAUACGUAAUAGUUUGUACAGUCGGUAAAGUAAUAUAUAAAUAUAAUAGUUAUCCUAAUGAACAUAAAUAGCAUUGAAAAUAAAGCAAAAUAUUGUCAAAAGUAAUUUAUAUCAACGCGAUAAAUAUAUAUUAUGUGUGUAUAUAUAUAUAUAUAUAUAUAUUGAUUGAAAUCGUUUGGUACAAAUAUAUAUUCUUCUAUUGUUCCUAAAAUAUAGUUGGAAUGGAAAAGAGUAACUUCAUCCAAUAAUAGGAAUAAAAAUAAUCUAUAAAACAUUAUUGGGAUACACGUGAUUAAAAAAAGAAAAAAUAUUUAUAGAAAAGUUUUAAUUUCAUCGUAAUAAUCAUAAAAAAAUAUUAUUUAUUUGUAUAAGAAAUACAAUGCCGUGUUGAAAGGAUUAACAAGAUCUUAGUAAUAAUGUAAUAAUUUCUUAGUGAAAAAAUAUAGUGUGUCUCGUGAUUCGAAAAUUUCGAAAAAGUUUCAAAACUGUUUCUGAUUCUUCGAAAUUCCAGAGAAUUCUGAAAUUUUCGAACCAAAUAUCGGAUUCAAACAUCUCUAAAUUUCAAAACGCCGAGAAUAUGUCUCGAACAUUGUGAAUAUGCUUUCACGUGAAUAAGAAGAAUUUGAAAAUCGAGAUGUUAUUUUUGUCAAUGACGCGCAUAAUCGAGUUUCUUUCCAAUCUUGAAAAGAUUUAUAAAAUUAUAUCGGAUUGCAAAAAAAAAAACUAUUGAAUAUUUUUUCAAUGGUAUACAUUUUUUGACGAUUGUGAAAAGAAACUUGAACGAAUAGACGACUGAUUAUUAGUUACAUAUAACAUGAUUCAGAUAUUGAAAUAAUUGUAAUAUCUGAUUUAGAUAAAUAUAUGUAUAUAAUAUAUUGGACUUUAAUAAAAAAUGUCAUGUACAUAUACUUGCAUUGUGUAAAAAUUGGAUCAAAGA